AUGUCUUCUACUCUUUUCUCAGCCUCGGUACUGGCCUUGCGUGCAUCAUCACUCAUCUGCCCAUCGUUACCGACCUGCCCAGACGAUAACGAAUGUACAUUCAGUUCCAAUGGAGCCGAUUUCAAAGUCAGUUGUGCAACGGACUUCUACGGAGGCGACAUGGGACGAGCAUACGCCGCGACGGUUGCCGAAUGCAUGAAGAUCUGUGCGUCUACAGAUGAAUGCGUUGCUCUGAGUUAUGUGGGCACGGACUGCUACCUGAAAAACACACUCAACGCUGGCUCAGCCAAUACGGGAGUGAUGGGCGCGAAUAUCAUCUCUCGUGUCACUCCAACUGCUCCCUCGAGCUCAUCAGCGGGGCCGCAACAGCCCUGUCCAGCUUCCAUUAACUGCCCUGACAACAAUGGCUGUCUCAAUUCUGAUAGCACCAGCGGCCGUUCUUUUACCUUGAGUUGCGGUGUCGAUUUCUUUGGUGGCGAUCUCGAGAUGCAGUGGGCUGAUGGACUAGAAGCCUGCUCAGCCGCAUGCGCGGUUAAUCCUGAAUGUGUUGCAGCAUCAUUCGUCGGUAAUAGUGGCAGCAGCGGACCAUGCUAUCUCAAGAGCAAAAACCUAGGACAGAUCCUAGAUUCUCGCGUGAACGGGUUUUCAGCCAAUCCGCCAUCCGCAUCUGUACCUGCAACACCAUCUCCUACUCCGGCCAGUCCCGUUGCGGGGGGUAUCUCUAAAUCGCUCAAUACACUUGAAGGGGUUCAAUUCUGUGCCUCAUAUAUCAGUUAUAGUCCACCAGUAGAAACAUUGCGCACAGCCGUUACCAUCUCGACUGUCACGGGCACUACAACCACCGACCAAGUCACAUCUACACCUCCUGCCGUCAAAUUAGUUGAGACCGUAGUAGUUUCUAAAGAAACAACUGUUGUGGCAAGUACAGAAACUGCAUUUACAACCACAACGGUGCAGGGUAACCUAGAGAAGAGGUUGCAAGCAACGCCAGCAGCAGCACUCGAAACACCCCACCGAGACCGUGUACACAGCAACGGAAACGAGCUCUACAAAGACAACUAUUGUUGUUCUGGCCCCUACGAUCACUACGGCCACAACCUCGCCACUCAUACGCACAAUCAGCGUGACCUCUCGGAUCCCGAUUGUUGA